AUGUCACCAUUGCGAGUGCCAAAGCAAUGGGCGCACGAUGUUGCUGAAGCCUGUCAAGUCAAAGAGAUGGCAGUGGGACCAGAACAGAUGCAGCCAUUGUCGAGUUACCAAGCUGCAAAGAAGCAAGGUGAUGCUGUGGCGAUCAGCUUCAAAAUAAGAGGUGUUACUUUGGAGCCCCUUUUGCAAGCCAAGCCCUUGAUGAAGGCAACGAAGAAGGCGCUUCGAGCAGCUUUGGCCCAAGAAUGUGGCCAAGGUAUAGGAACCGAGCAUGUGGCGGUUAGUCUCUCUGAAGGCUCCCUGAUUGUCGAUGCCAACAUCUGGCCUCCACCUAGCAUAUCAUGUGCAUUUGUGAAGGACAGACUGAAGAGCUCGUCCUCACUCCUGGACACCAUCCAGACAUGGGUCAGUGAAGUGCCCAACCUGGACAAAGUCUUAACAGGUCCAGUACGAGUCUCCAAGAGCUCGGUGAGCGUCUCCAUCAUUCGCUCGGGAGAUGAAACAGACAUCUCGCAUGAAGCUACUACCAGUGACUUACACAGUUCACCGAGCCUGUCCAAGCAGGUGCAGGAGGUGCCGAUGCAGCUCACAGAUGUCCGGAGGAUUUUGCAGCAGGAACAGCAGAAUGUGAUGAUUAAGUGCAAGGAGCUGCAGGACUGUCUGAUGGAAGCUGAGCAAGAGGUCACGGCACUGAAAUCAGAAUUGGAGAUUGUCAAAUCUCGCCCAGCGGCUCCAGAUUUAGUGACGCAAAGGGCAGAGCGCUCUUGGGCAUAUCUGGCUGCCGCGGCCACUCACCAGUGGUGUUCGCCUGCAACCAACUGGUCCCUGAGAAUACGGACUGUGUUGGCUGGAUCUGCGCUGGCUUCCAUCAAGUUUGAUUCAGAAGCAGACGAAAUUGCUGCCUCCACCUAUCGGAAAGCUCAGAUUACAUGGAAAUGGGGAAGAGCAGCGACAUUCCUUGUGCACCGCAAGGUCCUUGGCGCUCACCGGGAUGCUAUUCUCGCGAGUGAUCAGUUCCGGCGAGCCCUGAUGUCUUGGGCACGGAUUGUAGCGGUGAUCAGUAGAGGCCAAGCUGAGCGAGAAAGCUGGGUCAUUCAAGCUUGGGCUCGACUCGCAUCAAUGCUAGAUUUGGUGGAUGUCAGGAGCCAAGGGUGCGGUCACAAAAUGGAGGACGUUGUCCGGCACUGGCCUCGCAUGGCUGCCAUGCUUGUGGCGCAGGAUGUAAGCACUGGUUGGAGACUAGGUGUCAGUAGAGCGCAGCUCCUCAAUGGCGUUCUUGGACGCUGGCGUCGGCUGAUGCAUCUAGUUCAUGGAGUUGCAGCCCAUGCCGAAGAGGUGUCCGGCCAUCAAAAAGCAGAGAUUGCAUGGAAAUGGGGAAGGACAGCGGUUCUACUUCUCUACCGGCAAGCCAUCGGAGCUCAGCAAGACGCGACUGAUGUGACGGAAGCGUUUUACCGAGCUUCUAUGUCUUGGGCCCGGCUCGUAAAGAAGAUGCAUCACGCCCAAGCCGAAAGAGAGCACAAAGUGGUUCAAUCCUGGGCACGGUUAAUUUUUCUGAGCCAAGGGUGCGGUCACAAAAUGGAGGACGUUGUCCGGCACUGGCCUCGCAUGGCUGCCAUGCUUGUGGCGCAGGAUGUAAGCACUGGUUGGAGACUAGGUGUCAGUAGAGCGCAGCUCCUCAAUGGCGUUCUUGGACGCUGGCGUCGGCUGAUGCAUCUAGCUCAUGGAGUUGCAGCCCAUGCCGAAGAGGCCCAAUGGGCCAAAGACGCAGCCAGCCUGAUUCAGCAGCGAGUGACUGAUGCAGCAAAAGGAAUGGCAGCUCAGGAACACCAGAAUGUGAUGAUGAAGUGCAAGGAGCUGCAGGACUGUCUGAUGGAAGCUGAGCAAGAGGUCACGGCACUGAAAUCAGAAUUGGAGAUUGUCAAAUCUCGCCCAGCGGCUCCAGAUUUAGUGACGCAAAGGGCAGAGCGCUCUUGGGCAUAUUUGGUCGCGGUGGCUACAUACCAUGCACAGUUGCCUACUGUGGAUUGGUCUUUGAGAAUAAGCAUUGCUUUGGGCGGAUCCGUUUUGGCAUCCAUGAAGUCUGACUCGAAGGUCGAGGACCUCGUGUCCAGCCAUCAAAAAGCAGAGAUUGCAUGGAAAUGGGGAAGGACAGCGGUUCUACUUCUCUACCGGCAAGCCAUCGGAGCUCAGCAAGACGCGACUGAUAUGACGGAAGCGUUUUACCGAGCUUCUAUGUCUUGGGCCCGGCUCGUAAAGAAGAUGCAUCACGCCCAAGCCGAAAGAGAGCACAAAGUGGUUCAAUCCUGGGCGCGGUUAAUUUUUCUGAACGAAGUAUUCAACCACAGAGCAGAGGACAUUGCCAAAAAAUGGCCUCGACUGGCAGAUAUGCUGCUGGCGCUGAGUCGGGCUUGCGUCCUUCACGGCGUUGUAAGGCGUUGGCGGCGCCAAGCUCAUCAAAUCUCGGCAGAAGCAAAGGAGACACAGUUUGGGAGUUCUGAAACCUUGACGCCAGAACGCUAUGCGAACUUAGUGAAGCCCCUUGAAGGUGGGCACAGCGAACAGGCACGCGAUGAAGCGACUGCGCUGGAGACAGUGCCUGCGACUGCACAGGGAUCCUCCGAGACAAGCAUCAUGCCCCCUUUGGAUCCUGGGGAUAGGUCCUCCGUGACCUGCCAGGCUUUGCUUAACUGGAUGCGUAUUGCAGGGAAUGUAGCAAAUGCCGCUAAGACAUCGAAGAAUCUCAUGCACGACAUUGGGCUGGCAGUUCGAAGAAGGCAGGAAAAGAUUCAGGCAAAGCAGAUCCAGCAGAUCCAAAGUUUGCAGGAUGCUCUUCGCAAACAGACCUCUCAAACAUUCGCAGCACACCAGAUGCUCUUCCAGGAGUCCAAGAGAACCCUUGCACACUGCAAGAGAUUUAAGUCCGAACUUGUUCCUGUCGGUCUGGAGGAACAGUGUCAACAAGCCCUGGUCAAAUGCCAGAAAGUGCUAGGUUUUGAUGACGGUGGAGCAGCUGUUCGCAAAAGCGAACAGCUGUCUCCUCCUGUGGUUCAAUUCCUCCGAAGGGUGCCGUUCUUGCAGGUACCUGUGGUGCAGGUGGAUGCUCACAACAUUGUGCCAGUGUGGGCAGCGUCAGACAAGCAAGAAACUGCUGCUCGAACAAUUCGGAAGAAGAUCAUGCUCUCGUUGGCGACCUACUUGACCGACUUUCCCAAAGUUGUUGACCACCCUCACGCAUCAAAGGACACCGCGCGGCCGGAUUGGGAGGUUGCAGAGAAGUCUUUGGAGGUCGACAGAAGUGUGAAGCCAGUGAAUGGCAUUGUGCCAGGUGCAGCAGCUGCACAUGCGGCGCUCCUGGAUUUCACAACCCGAUUGGGGAAGUACGCCAAUGACCGCAACAAUCCCAACUUGCAAGCAUUGUCUGGUUUGUCACCAUGGUUGCACUUUGGACAAAUCUCAGCUCAGAGAUGUGCCUUGAAGGUGCGAGAGGUUGGAGAAUCCAAGGGGUCCGACGUGCAGAAAGGAUGUGAGGCCUUUAUCGAGGAGUCUGUCGUGAGGCUCUUUGCCAAUCUUUUGCGUGGUGUUUUCGCCUGGAACACUUUGAGCAUGUUGGAGUUGCAUGGAGUUGCUGUGACACGCCGUGGGUCAUUGGAAUCCUAUGCGCGUCAUGCAGCCUGUAGCAAAUUCUUCAGAGACAAGCGCUCUGACAAGCGUCAAGGGGGCAUUAAUUACACGUGGCAUCUCGGUGCGCUUGGCAUGGCUGACUGGCUGAGAGCAAAACGGGCUGCAAUAAUCAUUGCCCUUGGGAAUUGCUUGGCAGCAGUAUCUGGCAAAUUUCGCGACAGCCUGACGCUCAAGGUGGAGAAAGGCAUGCAGUGGCCAAUCUGCCUAUGUUCCGCCACUUUGCAGCUUCUUGUGCGCCCCUGGGCGAUUCCUGGGCUCCAAAAGUCUAGGAGAAUGGAAUGGCAAGAAAUCCCGGCAGGAUGCAUCAACCGGCUGCGGGCAUGCGCUGGCUUGCAAAGCGCAAUCAAAUGCUAGCCCGGCACACCUCCAAAGUCGUCUUGGCGCAGCAUUUCCGGAGCAACCACUGGAGAUGAGAGCACCUUUGCACAUCUACAUGUUGAGUGUCACCAUACGUCACCUUCAUGCGGCUUGGAAGCGCCAAUAUAGGAUUACGUGCGCAGUUGCAACACUGAGCAGCAAUGAUGCAA